GACAGGAAAACAAAAAAUUAUUAUUAUUUUUUUAAAAUCACUUUUACUUUAUACUUAAGUACAUUUCAGAGUCUGUACUUUGCUUUUCUUUUUACUUUUGGAGUUAAUUCCGUACUCCUACUGUAUCUGUAUUUUUACCUAAGUACAGCGCGUGAGUACUUCGCCCACAUCUAGCUGUGCUGUGGCAAACUUGCCACAACCUUCACGAAAUGCGUUAUGUUUCUAUGACAAAUAAUGAGUGGUGCCGAUUGGCUGUACGUUCAAGAGGGACAGUCUUCCCAGCCUCAAUUGGCUCUCACGCCGCGUCAAUCACGCUUUCGCUUUGGUCGCCGCCCAAUUUCGUGACGUGACGUCGCGAAGGAACAUGGCGCUUCGGAGGGGAUGAGUUUCACGAUAGUCACGUUUGAUUUAUUCCUGUCAGUCUGCGUUUACUUGAAUAACGUCAAGCGGCAUCCACCGAAUAUGAUAGGGCGUCGGGCUCGUUCGCACCUUUUGUCCGAGUGGACACCGGAAACGGGCGUUUAGUAGCCGUGUUCGUUGUCGUUAGCGACUGUUACCAUCGACAUGCUAGCCGAAGCUAAGUGGCUAAAGAGCGACAGAACGCUUGCCUACGUUCACGUUCUAUUGUUAACCAAUGACUGAAACACGACUUGUCAUCAUCGUACCUGAGCGUCAGUUGUUGUUGACGACGACACUUGCAACCAUCUAGCGGCUUGUUUCGAAGCUAAGCCAGGAGGAUGAAGAGCUGCCACGGAUGUGUUCCGCUGCUGCUCAAGGCGGUCUUGCUGUGGGUAUGCUGGCCAGCUGAAGGUGCCCCGUUUCAGGAUCGCCACAGCACAGCUUUUCUCUUGGCUGCACUGCUUCCAUUUGUCCUACCAGGGCCAGCAAGCUGACCCUCGAAGACGUCAACAUUUCCCAGUCCUCUGAUUGACAGCAACGUGGGCGAUCCAUUUUACGUGUCUCUCUGCUUGUCCCUGGCGGCACUGGUGACAUUGGUGGUGCUGCUGGUGAACUGUGUGAGCUGUUGCAAGGAGAGGGAGAUCAACUUCAAGGAAUUCGAAGACCACUUUGAUGAUGAGCUCGACUUCACACCGCCAGCUGUGGACACGCCGUCUAUGCAGUCACCGGCUGAGGUGUACACUCUCGCCGUCUCCCCUGUGGCCUUGCCCGGACCCCCGCACCUUCAACCUGCAGCGCCCAUCACAGAGGGAUCCACAGGCUUCCAGGUAGCCCGUCAUAGUCUGAGUUAUAUCCAAGAAAUUGGCAAUGGAUGGUUUGGCCAGGUGAUCCUGAGUGAAAUCUAUACAGAUCCUGGUGGCACCAGAGUGAUCGUGAAGGAGUUAAAAGCCAAUGCAAAUGCCAAGGAGCAGAAUGACUUCCUGCAGCAGGGGGAUCCUUAUCGAGUAUUGCAGCACCCAAACAUCCUCCAGUGCCUUGGACAGUGUGUCGAAGCGAUUCCCUUUCUGCUUGUUUUUGAGUACUGUGAAAUGGGGGAUUUGCGAGGCUAUUUGUCUCAGCAGGACUGGACAUUCAGAAGUGCUGAGAUACUGCAGCUGCAAAGGAUGGCCUGCGAAAUCGCUGCCGGUCUCACUCACCUUCACAAAUACAACUUCCUGCACAGUGAUUUAGCCCUGAGGAACUGCUACCUGACGGCAGAUCUUACUGUCAAAAUUGGAGACUAUGGAAUUGGGCCCUAUGCAUACAAAGAGGAUUAUAUCAUCACAGAGGACGAUGUAUUUGCGCCCCUUCGCUGGUUGGCUCCCGAGCUGGUGGGCGAGCGCCAUGGAGGUGUGAUCACUUUGGAGCAUACCAAGCCCAGCAAUGUUUGGGCCUUGGGGGUCACCUUGUGGGAGCUUUUUGAGAAUGCUGGUCAACCAUACCCACAUCUGUCUGACCGGGAGAUUCUCAAUCAUGUGAUCAAGGAGCAACAAGUCAAACUCUUCAAGCCGCAACUGGAGCUUCCUUAUUCUGAGAGAUGGUUUGAGGUCCUGCAGUUCUGCUGGCUCUCCCCUGACAAGCGUGCGACAGCAGAGGAAGUUCACCGUUUACUCAUCUACCUGCGCAUGCAAGGCCAAAGGGACAUAGAAGAAGACUUUGAGCAGCGCUGGGACGCUCUCAAGCCAAGCGUUUUGACACGGCAGACUGUUAGCCACUCAUCCUUCCCAAUCCUGGAGCAGUUUGCGGACGAUGCGCUGCAGCAGGACAUCGAUGAAGUCCUGACCGUCACUGAAACCAGCAAAGGACUCAGUUUUGAAUACAUUUGGGAGGCAGCCAAGCACGACCACUAUGACAGCAGCCAUUCUCACCCAGGCAUGGACACAUCAGUGAACUACCAUAGCAUGUUCUUUCCCGUUUCCACUGAAGACAUCCAGGCCCAUUUCCCAGAUCCUAUCGCCAGAUCAUCAGCUGCUGGUGGUGGUGGGAACACUCCGUCUGGAAUACCUGGAAUAGUGCCAGUGUUCGAUGCCCAGAAGCCAGCUAAUGGCAAUGGUUACUACAUACAGCUUGAAGACCAAGCAGGAGAAAGUCAUAUUGGACAAGAUGGCGCUCAAAAGACAGGCUUCAAUUCAAGCCAACAAGACUUUGUUGUUCUCCAAGAUGUUCGUUUGGAUGAAUCGAGCACGGACGCCGACUUUUUUCACCACAGUAUCGAUUCCAAGGAUUCUUAUUUACCAGACAGUCACAUCUGGUCAUCUCUUGAAAAUGACAGUCCAUACCACACUAAUAUUUUCACAGAGGGAGAGUCCAAGCAGGAGGACUCUGUAUCUUGGAGACAAGAUUUUGCGGCGCUUCCAGAGCGCAACGGGAACCCUUUUUGUCUAAAUAUUCCUUUGGAUGUGCAGGACAUGAAUGCGCGGGAUUCUUUUUUAGGGAGUUGUUCAGAAGCCACUCACCGGACUCAGGAGGAGGACAGUGCUGAUAUGAAGAGAAUCCAGAACACUGCUAAACUGGCUGAGAAUUAUCAGUUUCUUAGGGAACAUGACCUGAUGAAAGAAGGCACACAGUUUCUAAAUCCACAGCAGAAUUUUCUAUCACCCGGUGUCAUCCAUGAACCGGAGGAAACCUUCAAGAUGGCUUCUUGGGACAACCUGGACGCCUACGGCAGCUUAAACACAGCAGAUACUUAUUUAAAACCUGCAUGUAGUAGCACAUCCCCGAGACGGGGACCUUUGGACUCGUCUAGCACCAACUUCGGGGAACAUAACCCGUUUCGGAUACAAAAUGAAACACUAUUGCCUUUCAUUACUGUUGUGUCAGAAGACGAAUUAAGCAACCAGCUGCCAGCUAGUAACAGUUCUUCCACUGAGGACCUCACUCUGCUCCCACCCUCAGACAGAGACGUAGACUCUGAUUUCCAUUCGACCUCAGAAAUGUUGGAUAUUAUCAUUAGUCAGACUGAAGAUCAGAUUCCCGUAUUCUCUGAAAGUGCCACUACAGACAUAUUGUACAUGGAUGCCAAUCUCUUCACCCUUGACCGUGACAUUGAAACCUCAAACAGUAGUGCUCAAGAACUCAUUGGAAGUCAAAUAACUGAGAAGCCGCGCAUCCAAGCAUCGGUUUCAGACAGUGGACAUGUUGGCGAUCUGACGAGCGUUGAUCUGUUGAGUGAACCCAUUGAGGACGCUGAUUUGGAAAUGGAAACAAAUCUGUUAGAACACGAAGAAUUAUUUAUAGAUGCCAAUGGACAACCUAUCGGCAGAUCCUCUCUGCUGGUCUCCGGGCCUUCUUUGGACCAGAUUAGCCAGGACAGCUUGCUAGAGGACAGCAUGUCUAUCACUCUACCAACUGUUGACCACUCUGCUGAGACACCAGACUCUUUAGACUCCCUGGACAUCCACCGGCUCGGAGACCAGCACAAGCUCCAGCCUCCGUACAAGAUAGCUGACAGUGGGUAUGAGACGGAGAACCUUGAGUCUCCUGAGUGGAACUCUCAGCCCAACAAUAAAGACCUCUCCCCUGUGAAAAAUGGUGGGUGUGUAGCUCAAAAGGAAAACAAUACAGACGAGACUGCUACUGCAACAAAUCUGGUGCCUCCGGAAAUUGUCAUCUCUGAAGCUGACGGCACGCCAGACACUCCUGGUGAGGAUCAUCUUGAAGUCAUUCCUGUCGAAGAACCGCUCAUGAGUAGUAAUUACAGAGACUCCGCCUACUUCUCAGACAAUGAAUCAGAGCCAGAGAAGAAAGCUGAAUAUACCAAUGCGGAAGGUUCCGUCGAAGUCUCUUCGCUGCAGAACUCUACCAAAGUUGCGGUCCCAGUACGGGAAAGUCAGAUGGAAAGUUUUGUUGAGUCUUUAAUACCCCAGCAAGAUUUUUCUGCUGCCCCAGAAGUGCAGGGUGACAUCAGAGAAGAACUAGAUCCAUCUCCAGAGAUGCAUUCAGACGUCAAGACAUUUUUAACAGAAACUCAAAGCUGGUCAAAUCACGACAGACACAAAUCUUACUUUUUCAACGACCUACCCGAGUCUCCUGAGCCAGAUCCCCCUUUCCCCACCAGUCCGCUUCCAUUGCCCGAGGACGCUGUUCACACCAAGCUAACCAGGACCUUUGCCGGGGAGGCCCAUAAGAUAAAAGAGCCCGACGUGGAGGGCCGUUACCUGGGCCGGCGGGACGGCCCAGAGGACGGCGUGGACGCCGACGAGGAGAACGAAAACAGCGACGACUCUGACGAGGACAUCCAUGCCUACCAGCUGCACAGCUCCAGCUCGGACAGCGAGGACGAAGGCGCGCACGCCGUGCCGCUCAUCAUCUCGGACGAUAGCGACGCCAAGAAUUUGAGGAGCUUAUUGAAACCUACGACCUUCAACAUUGGGGCUCCAGCCUCCUUGGCCACGACCACCAGGAGAGCCGUCUCCUUCUUUGAUGAUGUCACCGUCUACCUCUUUGACCAGGACACCCCCACUAAGGAGCUGGGUGACCACUCGUCUGGCUCCAACACGCACACGCCACAGUUUAGCAGCCCGGUGCCAAGUUCCAGCUACCUGAACCGCUUCACCAACUCCGAGAGCUCCACAGACGAAGAAGGUAAACGUCUCCACACGUGCGUGACUCUACACACGCCCUCCAUUCAUCGCCCAUUGCGGCCAUUUUCUCCAGGAGGUGGUUUUGAGUGGGACGACGACUUCCCCUCGGCACCCGCCUUCCCCUCCAAAACGCACAAAGAUGUGGCAGCGUCCAAGAGCUCAGCGUCGUCCCGCAUCUCAUCCCCGGCCGUUGCAGUGGCGGCUUCCAGCUGGGGAAGCUCCUCCAACUACUCACGCUUCUCCAUCUCACCAGCCAGCAUCGCUAGCUUCUCUCUGACGCACCUCACCGACUCUGACAUUGAGCAAGGAGGAAGCAGUGAGGACGGCGAAAAAGACUAGCCCGCCCAUCCGAGGCACUCCACUAGUUGUCAUCACACUAUCAAACACUUGCACUUUUUGCGGGAUCGGUUGCAGAACUGGAGAAGGUGGUUGGAAGUCAAGACAAAAACCCGCCACCAGGCGGUUGACGGCCAUUCCCAAACUGGCUGCAGACGUGCAAAUCCACUCGGGGGAGGGGCGACGAAACGGUCCCGAGCAGGACGUCACGAGUGUGCGUUCCUCGCGAGCGUUUGUUUGGCUGCUUCCUGUUUUUUUCCCGACAACUUCUUUGUCACCCCCCCCAAAAAAAGACUCAAGAAGCAAAUAUUUUUGAAUGCAUUGUGACACUACAGCCAAAUAGGAAUAAGCUUUUUCAAUUAAUCGGGAACUGAUCAAGUGUUUUUCUUUCAUUGUCACUGCCAUUGCUCAUUCUCCUUUUAAUUUUUGAUUUUUUUUUUUUUUUUUUGUGUGUUCAAAAUCUCCUCUUUGGAGAGCAACUCUUUCUUCUGUAGAAAGAACAACUGUCUUACUAGUAACCUUUUUUCCUAGGGAUGGUUGAGCACCGAUACCAAGUAUCGGUAUCGGGCCUAUCCCGGCCUUAUUUCAAGGUAUCGGGUACUCGUGAAGCGUGCCGAUACAAGCCACUGAUACUUAGGCAAAAAAAAAAAUAAUGAGUAAGUCCUCCUGGCCAGUAGUUGGCACUAUACUGCGUCCGUUUGACACAUGGGUGAAUGAUCAUGUGCGUCAGAAAGAAAGAAAAAAACGGUCUUUGUUCACAAUCGUCUGUCGUGUUAAUAGAAAUAUUACUAGUGGUAUCAGUACUCUGUAUUGGUGAGUACGCAUACCGGUAUCGGUCUGGAAAAAAAGUGGUAUCGAACGUCCCUAGUUUUUUUCCGCGUGGACUGGAUGUCGAAUAAAAGUGAUUCGAUACCCAGCACCUUAAAGUCCUUGUACACUCUUUGUCCUCACUAGUAAUACAAUUCAGCUCACUAGUAGAACAUCUAAUCCCCUGGUUGUACAAGUGUGUCAUACUUAACUUUUUUCCACUACUUUUGCCCGACUAGUACGCAUUUAAACCUUCCUAGUAAACUACUGUGGUGCACUUCUAGACAACUAGUAGGUAUAUGUCACACACCAGUAGCCGCGUGGACCCUACGAGCAUCAACAAAAUGGCCACAAGUCGUGUUGCCUUACUAGUGACAUGUAGUUGUCCCACUAGUUUGCUAAAAUUGCCCUACUAGUGUGCCGAAAUGUCAUACGGUAGAAAAAAAAAAAAAUUUGACAAGGAAGACAGUUGUUCCACUAGUGCAGUUUUGCCUCACUACUAACAUGUAGUUGUUCUACUAGUAUGCCCUGGUUAUUACACUUGUGUGCUAAAUUGUGUUACUAGUGAGGACAACUUUGGCAUACUAGUAGGACAACCACAUCAAUAGUGAGCCAAAACUGUACUAGUGACAUACAAUUUAUUCAAUAUCCUUGAUGUCCCCUUUAAGGUCCAUGUGCUAGUAUGUAGUGAAAGACAAUUCCACUAUGAUAUUUCUGCACACUAGUAGAAUGGCAAGAGCACAGUAAUAGAGCUACUUGUUACUAGUGAGGUAAAACACUGCACUAGUUUGUGGGCAACUAGUACUACUUGUGGAGCGCUAGAUGUUAACUAGUACAAUUUUCAAAUGUCACUAGUAGCAUGCAGUUGUCACUUAGUACAAUGUUCUUCACCAGUAACAUGUCCUAGGAUGCCAAAGUUUUUCUAAAAGCUCUUUGUCGUCACUAGUAAGACAAUUCAGCACACUAGUCUAACGACUGACUUACUGUGACCUUCCUGCGCACUAGUAGGACAAUUUGGGUACAGUAGUACAACCCCAAUUCCAAUGAAGUUUGGACGUUGUGAUAAACAUGCAUAAAAAAACAAUACAAUGAUUUGCAAAUCAUGUUCAAUCUAUAUUUAAUUGAAUACACUACAAAGACAAGAUAUUUAAUGUUCAAACUGAUCAACCUGUUCAACAGUCCGGGGUCUCCGUUGUCGUAUUUUACGCUUCAUAAUGCGCCACACAUUUUCAAUGGGAGACAGGUCUGGACUGCAGGCAGGCCAGUCUAGUACCCGCACUCUAUUACUACGAAACCACGCUGUUGUAACGCGUGCAGAAUGUGGUUUGGCAUUGGCUUGCUGGAAAAAGAUGUUGCUUGGAUGGCAGCAUAUGUUUCUCCAAAACCUGUAUGUACCGUUCAACAUUAAUGGUGCCUUCACAGAUGUGUAAGUUACCCAUGCCAUUGGCACUAACACAGCCCCAUACCAUCACAGAUGCUGGCUUUUGAACUUUGCGUCCAUGACAGUCCGGAUGGUUCUUUUCCUCUUUUGCCCGGAGGACACGACGUCCACAAUUUCCCAAAACUAUUUGAAAUGUGGACUCGUCGGACCACAGAACACUUUCCCACUUUGCAUCAGUCCAUCUUAGAUGAGCUCGGGCCCAGAGAAGCCGGCGGCGUUUCUGGGUGGUGUUGAUAAAUGGCUUUUGCUUUGCAUAGUAGAGUUUCAAGUCGCACUUCCGGAUGUAGCGCCGAACUGUAUUUACUGACAUCGGUUUUCUUUAGUGUUCCUGAGCCCAUGCGGUGAUAUCCUUUACAGACUGAUGUCGUGGAACGUGUUGCAGCCAUAAAAUUCUAAGUUAAUGAUUAUUUGCUAAAAACAAUCAAGUUGAUCAGUUUGAACAUGAAAUAUCUUGUCUUUGUACAGUAUUCAAUUAAAUAUAGGUUGAACCUGAUUUGCAAAUCAUUGUAUUCUGUUUUUAUUUGUUUAACACAAUGUCCCAACUUCAUUGGAAUUGGGGUUGUAGUAGUAUUACUAGUGCCUAUUAUUAGUUGACCAGUAAAGUUGAAUUGUGUACUAGGAGGCCAAAAGUGGCACGAGUUGUGGGGAAAAACAUAACGAGUAAGAAAUGGCUUUUCUACCAGGGGCCUAGAUUUUCUAAUAGUUUACUGAAUUGUCUUACUCGGCUGACUUGAGUUCAAUUAAAUGAACUAGUGACAAACACUAAACUAGUUUUGUUAUCGUCCCUCUUGAGGCUUGUGAGGAGAAAAAAAAAAAAAAAAGCUGCUUGCUUGGGUUUACGUGGCUACCAUAAUUUAUUUUCAGACGACCCGAUGAAGACAUUUGAAAGUUCGUAGGGAGAAAGGUUAAAAAUCACCCCCAAAAAACAUGCAAUGGAUUUGUACAAACGAGUUGAAACGGUCGUCGUGGAAACUGAUCGGGAGCGCAGAAGGAAAACGAUCUGAAUCGACGACGACGCUUGUCUUUUGCCUUCGUUUCUAAGACCUUUGAUUUCAUUUAGUUGUGAUUUAUUUUGCCGUUUUUGAUUUAUUUUCCUUUACUUCAGUUGUCUUUUCAUUUUCGUUUUUUUUUUUAUUUAAAUUUGUAUUUAAUUUUCAUACCCAAAGAACCUCAGACAGCAGUGUGUACGUGUGUUAGAGGGCAUGUGUGGGGGGCUGAGUGUGCGUGUUGUGAGAGAGUGAGGUUGCGUGUCUGCAUUGUGCGUGUGUGUGAGACUGGAGUCUGCAUCACAAACUGACAAAUGGCGUUGUAAGCGCCCCCCCCGAACUUGUCUUUCUGACGUCCUUUUUUGUGUAGACGACGCCACUCCUGCCCCUCAACCUUUUCAUCGAAAGCCCAGGCGCCUGCGUGCGCCUCACCCAAACUUGAAGGUUUAUUUAAGGACUUUGACUGGACGAGUCGACGUUGGCUUCAUCUUGCACAUUUGACAAAAUGUCACUUUUACAUGUAAAACAAACUGUACUGAUGUGUAUAAAUGUUUUAUCAUUGCGGGGGACGAGGUUUCGUUGUGUGAACAUAUCGUAGUUCAGUUCAAAGCCGAUGACGAUGACGAUGAUGAUGGAGUCACGCAUAUGUUUUAAACGUGUCCAUUUUAAAAGUGGUGAUAUUUUUACUUCACAUUGAUCAUGCAUUAGUGUCAUUGAAUGAGAUGUUUAUAAUUACACGGUUUAAUAUGGAAAUAAAUGCAAAUGAACUACUGAA